AUGUCGCCUGGACGUCGCCUGAACGUCGCCCGGACGUUGCCUGGACGUCACCUGGACGUCGCCUGGACGUCGCCUGGACGUCGCCUGGACGUCGUCUGGACGUCGCCUGGACGUCGCCUGGACGUCGCCCGGACGUCGCCUGGACGUCGCCUGGACGUCGCCUGGACGUCGCCUGGACGUCGCCUGGACGUCGCCUGGACGUCGCCUGGACGUCGCCUGGACGUCGCCUGGACGUCGCCUGGACGUCGCCUGGACGUCGCCUGGACGUCGCCUGGACGUCGCCUGGACGUCGCCUGGACGUCGCCUGGACGUCGCCCGGACGUCGCCUGGACGUCGCCUGGACGUCGCCUGGACGUCGCCUGGACGUCGCCUGGACGUCGCCUGGACGUCGCCUGGACGUCGCCUGGACGUCGCCUGAACGCCGCCUGA